UUUAGAGCAUCGGCAUGACCAUGCAGCACGGAUGUGGCUACUUCACCUCCUCGGCUCGACCUUGUUUGCGAACAAGAGUGGAGGACACUACACAUCUGUCCAUUGGAUCGGCAUGCUGCAGCACCUUGAUCGGGUGUCAGAGUAUGCGUGGGGCGCCAUUGCACUAGCUACACUGUAUGAUGCACUUGGUCAUGCCUCACGGAGGAAGACCAAGCAGAUGAGCGGUUGUUCUUCCCUCCUGGUAGCUUGGGUGUUUGAGCACUUCCCACCCACCAUUAUUCAGCGGAUUGAGGUCCCCGAGUACACGGAGGACCAGCCCAGAGCGUGCAGGUGGAUGGAGUCCCGGGCUGGGCAUGCUGGACUGAUGGAGAGGCGAGUUCUCUUCGAUGAGAUGACGGCAGAGGACGUCAUAUGGACACCGUAUGAGGAGCACAGGAGUCACAGAGAGCUGGACGUCCGAGCUUUAUACUCAGGCUACAUCCGGACUCCCAUCCGGACGGCCGUGCGACCUCAUCUUCCUGAGCGUGUGAUGCGGCAGUUUGGGUACGUGCAGCCUAUCCCGCGACACCCAUCUGUUGUGAUGGGCAUGAGUUCUGCUGCGGAGGUCGUUGAUGCAGCAUACCAGGAUUAUGAGCCACACUUGAUUCCAGGGGGGGUCCCUUGUAUAGUGGAUGGAGCGGCAGUAGAUGAUUACCUGGACUGGUACACCGGUGUAUCUCACCGGUUCAUCAUCCCGGAUGAGAGUAGGGCCGAUCUCAGUGCUGUGGCUUCUUUGCGUCGGGCCGUUGAUUUGCUAGAGCAGGGACUUGAGGUCGACGACGGUCCCCCUAGAGAUACACGCUCCCGCACUUUAUUAGAGAAGUGCCUCACUGUCAUCAGAGACUUGAGCAGGACCCAGGGCGUCAUUUUCGUUGGUGUACGAGGAGGCAGAGGUCGAGGCAGAGGAGGAGGCGGAGAUAGAGGAGGUGGCAGAGGCGGAGGCAGAGGUCGUAGGGGUAGGGUGGGUCGUAGGGGCAGGGGGCAGUGACAUUAUUAUUAUGUGUACUUUUAUCGCACUAUUAGUUUAUACACGCUUUAUUAUCGGUCUGUACUUUUAUCGCAUUAUUAGUUUGGAUUUCACAUU